AUGACGGACCAGCGUUUUGCCGUGCUGUGCGGAGACGAAAGGUAUAGAAGUGAACUGUUCAAUGUUCGAGACAGCGCAGAUCAUCCUUUAAAAGCAUACGCGACAUCGGGGGAGAUCCCGGUGCUAGCCACCUUUGAAGCCUUCAUGCACAUCUCCGACAAUCGACCCACUUUACUAGAAAAAUUCUAUGUAGUGAAGGAAGGCCGAUCUCUUUUAGGACGAGCAACCGCCACCAGAUAUAGUGUCCUAUUGCUGGGCUUGCAAGUCCCGAUAAAUUCGGAAAAAUGUUUGUCAAACUCUUGGUACGAAGCUACAGAAAUUGCAACGGUGACGGCGAACGAAGCGUUUCCCAAGUUUAAUAUUCCGCCGGUAAAAAUUAAUUACGACCGGACAAGGUCACCAUGCCGAAACGUCUUCAUGAACAUCCCAGUAGCUUUAAAGCCAAUCGUGGAGAAACGAUUACAACAGCUACUUGCGGCGGGGAUUAUUGAAGAGGUAACUGAAGAAAUGGAAAACUUGUUCUGUUCAUCAAUGCUAGCAAUACCGAAAGGAAAGGAAGAUAUUAGGCUAGUAAUUGACCUAAGAGGACCUAACAGUUACAUUCAAAGGUCCCCGUUCGCAAUGCCGAGUCUGGAGAAAAUUCUGGCGGAAAUUCAUGGAGCACAAUGGUUCUCUACUAUAGACAUGACCAACGCGUAUUUCCACAUUGAGCUCGACGAAGACAGCCGCCAUCUGACCAAUUUCUGCACCGAAUUCGGUAUGUUCAGGUGCGUCCGGUUGCCGUUUGGGCUCUGUAACGCACCGGACAUCUUCCAGGAGGUGCUUGAGCGCAAGAUCCUUGGAGGCUGUCGAGGGGUGAAAAAUUAUCUAGACGACAUCUUCGUGUUCGGCAAGACACCCGAAGAACAUGAUGAGAACCUUGCCGCUGUGAUGACUCGGCUUCGGGAACAUAAUGUAAAGAUCAACGAGGACAAAUGCGUUUUCAAGAGUCAAACAGUAAAAUUCAUUGGGUUCAAGAUUACCCCGGACGGAUGGCAGAUUGAGGAGGAGAAAAUGCGAGCGAUUGAAGAGUUCAGAACACCGGAAACCGUUGGAGAGGUGAAAAGCUUCUUGGGGCUUGUUACGUUUGUGGAUAAGUUUGUGCCACAUCGAGCAACGAAAACUGAGAAGCUACGUGCGCUGGCCAAUGCAGAUACCUUUUAUUGGUCUGAGGCUGAAGAUUUGGAAUUCCAAGAUUUUAAACAGAAGGCCCUGAAGACAAUUAAAACGCUGGGAUAUUUCAACACUUCCGACAGGACAGAGCUAUUCGUCGACGCUUCGGGUGUAGGUCUAGGGGCCGUCUUGAUUCAGUUCGACGACAACGGAGCACCGAGAAUCAUUGCGUGUGCUUCGAAAGCACUUACGACCACCGAACAAAGAUACCCGCAAACACAUCGGGAAGCUCUAGCAGUUGUGUGGGGAGUCGAGAGGUUCGCGUAUUAUUUGUCGGGCAGAUCAUUCGUCAUUAGGACCGACGCGGAGGCGAAUCAAUUUAUCUUUGGGGGAAAGCAUCGCAUCGGAAAAAGGGCGGUUUCUCGAGCGGAAGCGUGGGCUCUACGGCUGCAGCCGUUUGAUUUUACUAUUGAGAGAGUCCCAGGUGAACAAAAUGUCGCGGACGCCCUAUCGAGAUUAUUCCGAAGAAACCAGUCACCAGUACCAUUUGAAGAUAACUGUGAAAACCACGCUCUGUUUGCUUUGGAUACGGGAAACAUGGAUAUUUCUUUGGCCGAUAUUGAAUGCGAGGCUGAUAAGGAUGAGGAACUGAAGCAGGUUAUUGAAGCUCUGAAAAAUGACGAUUGGCCGCGAGUAUUGCGGAAAUACGAAGCGCAGAGAAAUAGCCUCCAUCACCUCGGGUCAAUGCUGUGCAAAGAUGAUAAAAUAGUGCUGCCAAAAUCCUUGCGCAAAAGAGCCAUGGUAUCGGCUCAUGGUGGACACGUAGGGGAGGUCGCCAUGAAAAGAAUCAUGCGUGAGUUCUUUUGGUGGCCGCACAUGGCCUCGGAGACUGAACAGUUCGUCAAGGAUUGUGAAACCUGUUGUAUGCUAUCCAGAAGAAACCCUCCAUUGCCCAUCUCGUCUCGAAACCUUCCGGAAGGCCCUUGGGAAAUAGUCCAAACGGACUUUCUUUCCAUUCCGGGCUACGGGUCAGGAGAUUUUUUAACAGUAGUGGACACGUAUUCCCGCUACCUGUCAGUCGUAGAGGUGAAACGCAAAACGGCAGAAGCCACAAAUGCUGCGCUCAGUGAAAUUUUCAAACCAUGGGGUUGUCCUCGUAUUUUGCAAAGCGACAACGGCCCGCCCUUCAAUAGCUCGACGUUUUGUUCAUUCUGGGAGAAUAAGGGGGUAAAGGUACGCAAGUCGAUUCCACUGAGCCCGCAAUCUAACGGGCUCGUGGAACGACAAAACCAAUCCAUAAUUAAAGCAGUAUCAGCUUCCACAUUGGACGGAACAAACUGGCGUAAAAGCUUAGAAACGUUCGUACAUAAUCACAACACUGUGAUUCCACAUGCAAGGCUCAAGGUUACGCCUUUUGAGCUCUUAGUCGGGUUCAAGUAUCGGGGACAAUUUCCCAGUCUUUGGGACGAAGUACAUCCAAAGGAAUUGGACCGAGAGAACAUACGGGAACUAGAUGCGGAGACCAAACUGAACAGCAAGCAUUACGCGGACGAAGUACGAGGAGCGAAGGAAUCGCGCAUCAAUGUCGGCGAUGUCGUAUUGGUAAGCCAGCAGAAAAACUCCAAAAGCGAUCCGACAUUUUCCUCAGAAAGAUUUACGGUUGUUACACGCAACGGGGCGAAAGUAGUUGUGGUGAGUGAGAAUGGAGUGCAGUAUGCACGAAACGUGCAGGAUGUUAAAUUGGCACCACCUGCAAAGGAGCUGGAUACCGCGUAUUCCGGAACAGGUCAGGAUAACGUACCAUGGGAAGAUAGCGGAAUGGUAACAAUUUCGGAUUACAACUCUGACAACUUGCGUGGGAAUCGCCCUCAGGAAAAGGGUGGAAACGGCAGCGGAAUCUCGCUUCGUCAGCGGUCUAACAUAAAAAGACCUGCCAGACUCAAUGACUGUUACAUCUACAACAUUUAUCAAUGAAAAGAUUUUCAUUAGAUUCGCCGGCAAUGGUUAUGUAAAUAUGAGAGAUAAUAAAUAAAUUUGAGAACUGUAGAAUUUUGUGUUCAUAUAUAUAGAAGAGUAGAGGCGGGGGAUAUUGUAGUGGAUAAAAGCAUCUUGGUAACAAAUAAAUGAAAGCGAGCGAUUCGUUUCGGUGUAUACUUCAAAGUUUCCUCGGGGAUCACCUUAACUAAUCGGAAAACCGAACGAAUAGAAAUGAGUGAUAAUUAGAGAGAAAACAAAUACUGCUCUGAAUGGGUACAAUGGGUGAGAGAAAGUAUAACAGUUCAACAUGAAAAUGAAGUUGAUCCACGCGCUUUUAGUACGGCAAGAAGAAGUGAGCGAAAGGAAAGCCUUCGUCGCAUAAUACGACCCGAGAGCGAUCGGCGGGGUAUGCCCGGCAUUCUUGUGAGCACCGCUCUCCCAAUGCCACAGACACGACGUACAGUACUGAGUGGAGAGCUGUUCGGGGUGAGUCGUACCUGUUCGUACAUUCGCGCGCUUCUUACACCGAACCAGAAACGCCCGAGAGUGAAACCGACGGGGCGAUGGUGUGGCGGUUUGAGAGCGGGCGCGAGUGAGUGAGAAACGUCCAGCAUUGGGUUGUGUAGAAUUGCUC